AUGUCAUUGGUACCAAACCCUUUUGAUUCCACAACAGUAUGGCCACAACCCUCUUUUUCCCCUUUCCCAAAAAUUAGCCAACCGUUGGUCUCACCUCAUAUACCUUCUGGUGCUGUUCAAGCUUUUGGCAACACUGAACAGUUAUAUGCCAAGCUCCGCAAAGAACGUGAUGAAAAGAUCAAGCUGGAACGAGACCAAAAGAAGCGAGAAAAGUAUUCUGCUAGACCGCAGACUCCAUAUAUUCCUGACUCUUUCUCUUCCAGUCACUCAGAUCCUCCAUCUCCUAAGCCUCAUCAUCCUUUAUCUAAUGAUAAGGCUCCAAUGCACAUAAUGAUGAUGGAAGACUGCCAACCUUCUGCUAAUCCUGACUCUUCAGGAAAUCCCGUCUCUUCCAAUUUUAUGAGCUCUUUUUUUAGAGACAUGGCAGAAAGGCAACGUCUUGCCGCCUCAGGUCUUUCUCAGGAUUCUCUAUCUACCUUCCCAACAGAACCAGAAACCGAUAUACCUUCGACUGAUGAAUCAUUUGAAAGUGACUUUGACUCUGACAAUGAUACUUUUGAUCAGCAUCCUCAUGUUUAUCCCCAACUGAUGACCCAUCAACCAGAAUCGUCCAGACCACCUGUUGUUUCUGAGGUCGAUGAUAAGAUGCCUGAAGGUGAUGAUUCCAACGCCUAUGUAUCGACAAUCUCGUCAUACUCCGGCUGA